CAGCAAACGAGGAACAGCGAGGCGAACAACACAAGAGAAGGAGAAGAGAAGACGAAGCCGAUCUCGAAGCCGAAGCUGCGCGAAGGAGAAGAGAAGAGAAGGGAAGCGGAGAAGAGCAACGAUGUCGGAUUCCUUCUGCCCGGACUGCAAGCGGAGCACGGAGGUCGUCUUCGACCACUCGGCCGGAGACACGGUGUGCUCCGAGUGCGGCCUUGUGCUUGAGGCUCACUCGAUUGAUGAGACCUCCGAGUGGAGAACCUUUGCCAACGAAUCCGCUGACAACGACCCCGUCCGUGUCGGUGGUCCCUCCAACCCUCUCCUCGCCGAUGGUGGCCUCUCCACUGUUGUCAUCUCGCGUCCCUCCGGCACUAACUCCGAUUCCCUGCCCUCAUCCUCCCUUGGCCGUUGGCAGAGCCGCAGCUCCAAUCCUGACCGUUCUCUCAUCCUCGCUUUCCGCACCAUCGCCACUAUGGCCGAUAGGUUGGGCCUCGUUGCUACUAUUAAGGAUCGUGCUAAUGAGAUUUACAAAAAAGUGGAGGAUCUGAAGUCCAUUAAAGGAAGAAAUCAAGAUGCAAUCUUAGCUGCAUGCCUCUAUAUUGCUUGUCGACAAGAGGACAAACCUCGCACAGUAAAAGAAAUUUGUUCUGUUGCGAAUGGAGCUACGAAGAAGGAAAUUGGCCGUGCUAAAGAAUUUAUUGUAAAGCAGCUAGAAAUUGAGAUGGGCCAAUCAAUGGAGAUGGGUACUAUUCAUGCGGGAGAUUUCCUGAGGCGUUUCUGCUCUCAUCUUGGCAUGAACAAUCAAGCAAUCAAGGCUGCUCAAGAAGCUGUUCAGAAAUCAGAAGAGCUUGAUAUAAGGAGGAGCCCGAUCUCUAUUGCUGCUGCUGUCAUCUAUAUGAUAACUCAGCUAUCUGAGGAGAAGAAGCCUCUUAGAGACAUAUCUGUGGCUACUGGAGUGGCCGAAGGCACGAUCAAGAAUUCUUACAAAGAUUUGUACCCCUACGCCUCGAGGCUCAUUCCAUCUUUCUUUGCCAAGGAGGAAGAUUUAAAGAACCUAUGCAGUCCAUGAUUCACCCAAAGAGCCCAAUGAAAUCUCACAGCGAUGCUUACAUUGAAGCGACCACCAAAAAAAUAAAAACCAAACUUUGGUGCCCAUUUGCUUGCAGCAUAUGAUUCAAUGGUCGGAUUCUUCUCAUGGUUUUGGCAUUUCUGUUCUUCCAUCAGCAACAUCGAAAAGAUUUGCUUUUUUAACUUCUAUUGAGAAUUUAUGUGGGGAAACAAAAUCCCCCGCCAUUUGUAGGACUUCGACGAACUUAUUUGUGGUCUACCUCUGAUGUAACUUCAAAUUCUUGAACCUUACUAUGUUUCAUGUAAAGCUCUCUGAAAUUUCGUGUAGCCUGCUGUUGUAAGCUUUUAUUUUUUAUAAUCCCUAGUUGUAUUGAUAAUCUGAGAUUCAUUUGAUUUUACUGAAUUUCUAUAUGUUAA